UAUAGCCUCGUGUCACUUGUUAAAGGUCUUGUGUUCUUGUCUAGAUGAAGUUGUUGUAUGGAUGUAAUUGUGUGGCACUGGUGGUUAGUGCGCCGAUCCUUUCCCGUCCUCGUGCUCCUGCUCCCCUGUCUCUACAGGACUUUCCCCGUCACCUCUCCACUAUCCUAUCAUAAUAAAAAACAUUCAUGUCCUCAUUGAGAUUUCGCUGACACCCAUCAUUCAUUAAAUAGAGAGCUUUUGUCUACUAAUGCAGUAAUGUCACGUGAACACUUCCUUCAUGACGGUUUCAAGUUUACAUGUGAGAGUCUGAGUGACUGAAACUCAAAUCCAGGGCUUUACACAGCCUUUAAUAAAGAGGAAGAUAUGAACACACACCUCAGCUGUGUACUUUGACUGUAUGAUAUGUGUAAUAAUUAAUAAACAGAUAAAGAGAGAGAGAGUUUGUUCAGUUUUCACUUCUCGUCUGUGCUGCUGAUACGACUGAAAUACAGCAGUCAUGAGUUUUAUGUUUGAGAGGUUUGAGUUUGACUCGAAUCUUAAAUCUUAAAUGUCAUUGGAUGAAUAUGUACUCAGUAAUUCAAUUGUAAUUGUAGAUGGGGUCAAAAUGAGACUUGGAGCCAAAUAACAGGAGGUGAAAAGCUGUUGAUCUGUUGGAAGAAUCUUAUUAAAAUAAUAAUGUUGUCCAGACUGAAGGUGUGUGUGAGGCCGUGUGUCAGUGUGUGUCGAUGGGCUCACACUAAAGAGAAGGGAAAACCUCUCAUGCUCAACCCACGAACCAACAAGGGGAUGGCAUUCACUCUGAAGGAACGUCAGAUUUUGGGCAUUCACGGGUUGUUGCCGUCAAAGAUCGAGACUCAGGACACACAGGCCAUGCGCUUCCAGAAGAAUCUGAAGAAGAUGUCUGACCCCCUGCAGAAAUACAUCUAUCUGAUGGGGAUUCAGGAGAGGAAUGAGCGUCUCUUCUACCGUGUGUUGAUGGAAGAUAUCGAGGCUUUAAUGCCUAUAGUUUACACUCCCACCGUCGGCCUCGCGUGCACACAUUACGGUCACAUCUUCCGCCGGCCAAAAGGUCUGUUCAUCUCCAUCAUGGAUCAAGGACACAUUCGGUCUAUUUUGGAUAACUGGCCUGAAACCACAGUGAAGGCUGUGGUGGUGACGGACGGUGAGCGGAUCUUGGGUUUAGGGGAUCUGGGGGUUUAUGGGAUGGGUAUUCCUGUAGGAAAGCUGUGUCUCUAUACGGCGUGUGCUGGGAUUCGACCCGAGAGCUGUCUGCCCGUCUGCAUCGAUGUGGGCACAGAUAAUGAGAAGUUACUGAGGGAUCCCUUCUACAUGGGUCUGUAUCAGCGGCGAGAUCGCUCUCAGCGUUAUGACGAUCUCAUCGAUGAGUUCAUGGAGGCUGUGGUUGAUAAAUAUGGACAGGACACACUCAUCCAGUUUGAAGACUUUGGGAAUCACAACGCUUUCCGCUUCCUGAAGAAAUACAGAGAGAAGUACUGCACCUUCAAUGAUGAUAUCCAGGGUACAGCAUCAGUCGCUCUGGCAGGUCUGUUGGCAGCUCAGCGUGUUGUAGGAAAACCAAUAACUGAACAUAAAGUUUUGUUUCUGGGGGCUGGAGAGGCGGCUCUUGGAAUCGCUAAUCUGAUCGUCAUGGCGAUGAUGGAAACAGGAAUGUCACAGGCGGAUGCCAGGAAGAAGAUCUGGAUGUUUGACAAAUAUGGUCUGUUAGUAAAGGGCAGAGCUUAUGAGACAGACAGUAAUCAGGAGGCAUUUGUUCACUCUGAACCAGGAGACGUGAAAAGCUUCUUAGACGCUGUCAAUGUUAUUAAACCCACAGCCAUCAUCGGUGUGUCCGGGGCCGGGCGGCUCUUCACUCAUGAUGUCAUCAAAGCCAUGGGCAGCUUGAACGAUCGACCAAUCAUCUUUGCUCUGAGUAACCCGACGGCCAAAGCUGAAUGUACAGCAGAAGACGCCUACAUCCUCACACAGGGCCGCUGUUUGUUCGCCAGCGGCAGUCCAUUUGGACCCGUGACAUUAGAAGACGGCACAAUACUGAUCCCGGGCCAGGGCAACAAUGCUUACAUAUUCCCAGGUGUGGCAUUGGCUGUAAUUCUCAGUGGAGUUCGUCAUAUCAGUGACACGGUCUUCCUGGAGGCGGCGAAGACACUGACAGAUCAGCUUACAGACGAGGAGUUGAGUCAAGGGCGACUGUAUCCACCGCUGUCUAACAUCAGAGAGGUGUCCAUACAGAUGGCCAUCAAGGUGGUGGAGUUUGUGUAUUCACAGGGAAUGGCUUUCCGCUACCCAGAACCCGUGGAUAAAGAAUCUUAUGUCAGAUCGGUUGUCUGGCACACCAAUUACGAUUCCUUUCUGCCCGACAUUUACAACUGGCCCGGGGUUUCUCACAGCCCCAUCGUCGAUUAGAGUAAACACCCCCGUAUAAUAUACAGAACAAACUGAAGACAUGAUCAGUCCAUAUUUCCUUUCAAGCUUAUUUAUAUUAUAUAUGAUAUAUACUUCUGAUAGUUUGUUUAGAGUUUAUGGGGUGAAUCUCUCCACAUCUCAUUUCACUCAAAUUUAAAAGAAGAACAAAUGAAAUCGUGCAGAAAGAAAAUCAAGGCUCAUGUUAGGAGUUGAGCUGAUGAAUUUGUCUUGAUUUUGAGAUGAAGUGUUUCCCAUGAGAUUGACUCGUAUAUGAUUUUAUAAAGCCAGUGUUACAGGCGUGUGUGCCUUUCACUCCUCAUGACUGAUUUGACUUGUCAUUCCUUUCUAAAAUGAAGUCUCACUAUGGAGGACCGGAAGAGUCAUGUGUAAAGUAAUAAAGCAUUUCAUAGUUUAAUAAGUAAUUCUACAAUAAAAAUAGGCAUUAAUACAUUUGUUUACAACUUCAUUUAUUUAUCCAAAUAUAAAUAGGCAAAUUGAUAAAGUCAUUCAUUAUUUAACGUUUUAAUGGGCAAUAAAAGCGUGAUUAUAAAAAUAAUUAAAGCUGCGAGCAGCGAUGAUCGGGCCCUCGCGGAAAGUGCCACCGCAACCCGAUUGCAUAAGGAAAACAGUGAAUUAUAGUAGGAUUUGUUAUUUAUUUAAAUGCGUCACAUUCCCUUUUGCCAGCUGGUGGCGCUAUUGCUAUAAGUGAACACUGACAUGGAUAUGUGUUCAGGCCAGGACUAUUAUCAAACAUGUGAAGUGUGAGGCCGGUCAGACAUUGUGUACCUGAGUUACUAUGGCUUCCUGUUUCAUGGUAACAUCAAACUUUAUCAGGCCACCAUGGACACGCCCCUCAUGAAAAGUCAGGAACUUGCAAUGUAUCGUCACAAAGGUCUGAAGAUCAUACUGGCCAAAUAUGACGCUGACCUGUUUGAAUCUCUAUGAGGAGUUAAUCACAGUUUAAAACAUGCCACUUCCUGUUUCCUGCAGGUGGCGCUAUAACAGUAUCUGAAUAUUACCAUGUAGAUGUCUUCAGGCCAGGACUUUUAUCAAAUGUGUGAAGUGUGAGACUGGUCAGACAUUGUGUACCUGAGUUACUAUGGCUUCCUGUUUCAUGGCGAAACAUCAAACUUUGUCAGGCCACCACGGACACGCCCCUCAGCGAAAAGUUAGGAUCUUUCAAUGUAUCUUCACAAAGGUCUGAAGAUCAUACUGGCUGUACUCUUCAAAUAUACGACGCUGACCUGUUUGAAUCUCUAUGAGGAGUUAAUCACAGUUUGAAACAUGCCACUUCCUGUUUCCUGCAGGUGGCGCUAUAACUGUAUCUGAAUAUUACCAUGUAGAUGUCUUCAGGCCAGGACUUUUAUCAAAUGUGUGAAGUCUGGGGCCUGUUGGACAUUGUAUGCCUGAGUUACAACAGCUUCCUGUUCAUGACGAAACGCCAAACUUUGGCAGGCCGCCAGGGUCACGUUCCCAAACGAAAAGUCAAGAUCUCCGCAUUUAACUUCGCAAAGGCCUUGAGAUGAGAAUGACACGAAGAUAAUGUUGAUCGGAUUAAAACUCUAGGAGGAGUUCGUUAAAGUACGACGACUGGAAAUUGCAAAAAUUUACCAAAUUGCACAGGAAAUUAAAAAUAACGGACUUCCUGUUUAGUUUAGAGAUAUGCUCCAAGAGACUUUUCUUAAUGAUUCGGGGUGUUCUAUCAGCCCACCAAAUGGUGCAUGUAUGUUUUGCAUAGCGGUCUGGGCAGUUCUAGGUGGCGCUAGCGAGCCAUUUUGCCACGCCUAAUUUUAAAACCCAUAUCAGACGUAAAUGUUCGCCACGUCUGAUGCGUGUGCAAGUUAUUGUGAGUUUUUGAGCAUGUUUAGGCCUUCAAAUUAGCGAUCAAAGAGGGAGAACACAGAAACAAUAGGGCUCUGCACUGCAGUGCAAGCCGGUGGCUUGCUCCUCCGUGCUCGGGCCCUAAUUAAUAAAUGAAAUAUUAAUCCAUCCAUAAAUACUUAAAAUUAAAAAGGGAAUUAAAAAAACCAACAUAAAGCACUCAAUAAGUACAUCGUUUUAAAGUGCAUUAAUUAAUUCCUAAAUAAAUAGUGGAAUUUCAAAAUGUAUUUGAAAAUGCGAUUUAAAAAGAGGAAUAAAUAAUUGGAUUUACAAACUAAACUACUUUAAUCAGUCAUUUAAAAGGCGAUUUCUUUUACCAUUUGCAUUUCCACGCUGCCUUUCCUUUUCCGAUUUGCUAUUCGAAUAGCUUAGUCCUUUAGCUUUUCCUUUUAGCCUCUCCAUUUAGCAUUUCCCUGACACUGGGUCCUUGCAUUGGUAAAACGAAGUUAAACAGUGCAAAUUAGCUAUGGCGAGAGAGAUGUAACAAGCUCUCUGAUUGGCUAGUUCCUUGUACGUCAUGUUCAGCGGUAUGUUAGAUGAGCAAUGGAGAAUAGGAACCUGACCUCUUCCGGUCAUCCAUAUCUCACUGCAUGUUGUCAUUGUGUUUGUUUUCUGUUGUGUCCGUGACAUUCAUCUGAUGACAGGAGAGCUGAAGGGAUCCAUUGUACUAGACAGUAUUAUGACAUUGACCACAGUUUAUUUCAACAUUCACAUCAGACCAUUUCUUCUGACGUGCCGCACUAUUGGCAUGUUUCAAAGCAGAGGUAAUGUACCAGCAUGACAGUCAAAUUCUGCCAUAAAGAUUGAGUUACUAUGUUACUCUACUUAUUAAAUGACUGCUUGACAUAGACGUGAAAUAUUGAUCCAAAUGAUUUUAUAAUGCGACGGCUGCAGAAUUCUGUCAAACAUACAGCAUAAAAUAGCACAGAAUGGCACAAUCAAGUAUUCCAUAUAUAUAUAUUCCAGUAUAUACCACUGUUAUAACCUUAGAAGUGCCUGCUUAUGCAUCAUUUACAUGUAUGUUACAUCAUUUACAGGUCAUUCUGUAUUCAGUAGCCAAAGAUCACAAGAGGGAACAUGAUUUAGAUUUCAUCUCCGACUCAUUAGAGGCCUAUUUUUCUUUGAAAGCACAUCAUAUACAUUUAAAAUAACUAGUGAACGUGUGAUGUGCCAGACAAUAACAUUUAAAGCUCAGCAUCAGCCAAUUGACACCUUUGUUCCAUCACCAUGGUAACAUCCGUCAUUGAUCCUUUCUGAUGUCUCUUUCACACAGAAACCACUUAAAACUGUGUUACAUACGUGUAGAAUAAAAGCUUUUGAUUGAA